UCCCCCCAUCAUUCACUAUGGAGCCCGUUAGAAUCGAGGAUGUCACUGUGGUUUUCACGGAGGCAGAAUGGAAGAUACUGAGCUCUGAGCAGAAGAACCUGUACAGAGAGGUGAUGCUGGAGGUGUGCAGGAAUCUCUUCUCGUUGGAACCCAAAACAGAAAUCUCUCCCUGUUCCUCUUGCCUCCUGGCUCUCUCCUGUCAGCAAGUCCUCAGCCAGCAUGUGCUUCAGAUAUUCCCCAACUUGUGUGCAGAGAAUCACUUCCAACCAAGGGAUGCCAGCCCAGGGCAUCGUAAGCAACUGGAGCAGCAAGAUUCUGGUCAGAGUUGCAGAAGUGGAAACACGGAAGAUCAGGAAAGAAAAGAUGUCUCCAAACCCUUGUGUGGAAGCACAGGGGAGAGAAAGAAAUCCAGCCCAGCCUGGAGAUGGCCAGCAAACCCCAGAGAAGGGAACACAGUGAUACGAAAAGAGCCCUACUCAAUCCAAAGAGUGAACAGCUGUGUGGAAACAGACAAAGAGGUCAAGGAAUUAGAAGCCUCAAGAUUUGGAACAGUCAACUACAGAAAGGAUGAGCCAGAGCUUGGCCUAAAAUCAUAUUUCAUCACAAAUCAGAGGAAGAUUUUCCGAGAGAAGCCACACAUGUCCAUGGAGUGUGGGCAAAGCUUUUGCCAAAAGUCAACUCUCACCACACACCAGAGGAUGCAUUCAGGAGAAAAACCACAUGUGUGCAAGGAGUGCAGGCGAGACUUUACCUGCCAUGCAAAUCUGCUUUCACACCAGAGGAUACACUCAGGCAAGACACCACAUGUGUGUAAGGAGUGUGGGCGAGGCUUUAGUCAAAAGUCAUAUUUAAUCAAACACCAGAGGAUACACUCAGGGGAGAAGCCACAUGUGUGCAUGGACUGUGGGCGAAGCUUUAGCCACAGAUUUACUCUGAUCACACACCUGAGGACACACUCAGGGGAGAAGCCUUAUGUGUGUAAGGAGUGUGCACGAGGUUUUAGCCAAAAGUCACAUCUCAUCAGACAUCAGAGGACACACUCAGAAGAGAAGCCACAUGUGUGUAAGGAGUGUGGGCGAGGCUUCAGCCAAAAGUCAUAUCUCAUUACACACCAGAGGACACACUCAGGGGAGAAGCCAUACAUGUGCAUGGACUGUGGGCGAAGCUUUAGUCACAGAUUAUCUCUCAUCAGACAUCAGAGAACACACUCAGGAGAGAAGCCACACGUGUGCAUGGACUGUGGGCGAAGCUUUAGUCACAGGUUAACUCUCAUCAGACACCUGAGGACACACUCUGGAGAAAAGCCAUAUGUGUGCAAGGAGUGUGGACGAGGAUUCAGCCAAAAGUCACAUCUGAUCACACACCUGAAGACACAUUCAGGGGACAAGCCACAUGUGUGUAAGGAGUGUGGGCGAGGAUUUAACCAAAAGUCACAUCUCAUCACUCACCUGAGGACACACUCAGGGGAGAAGCCAUAUGUGUGUAAGGAGUGUGCACGAAGAUUUAACCAAAAGGCACAUCUCAUCAGACAUCAGAGGACACACUCGGGGGAGAAGCCACAUGUGUGCAUGGACUGUGGGCGAGGCUUUAACCAAAAGUCACAUCUCAUCACACAUCUGAGGACACACUCAGGGGAGAAGCCUUAUGUGUGCAUGAACUGUGGGCGAAGCUUUAGCCGCAGGUUAACUCUCAUGACACACCUGAGGACACACUCAGGAGAGAAGCCACACAUGUGCAUGGACUGUGGGCGAAGCUUUAGUCACAGGUUAACUCUCAACAGACACCUGAGGACUCACUCAGGAGACAAGCCAUAUGUGUGUAAGGAGUGUGGCCGAGGAUUUACCUGCAAAACAAAUCUUCUUAUGCACCAGAGGACACACUCAGGUGAGAAGCCACAUGUGUGUAAGGAGUGUGGGCAAGGCUUUAGAAUAAGGUCAAUUCUCAUUAUACACCAGAGGACACACACAGGGGAGAAGCCAUACAUGUGUAAGGAGUGUGGGCGAAGAUUUAGCCACAGGUUAACACUCAUCAUACACCACAGGACACAUUCCGGGGAGAAGCCGUAUGUGUGUAAGGUGUGUACACGUGGAUUUAGCCAAAAGUCAUCGCUCACCACACACCUGAGGACACACUCAGGGGAAAAGCCAUAUGUGUGUAAGGAGUGUGCACGAAGAUUUAACCAAAAGUCAAAUCUCAUCAGACAUCAGAGGAUACACUCAGGAGAGAAGCCACAUGUGUGUAAGGAGUGUGGGCGAGGCUUUAGCCAAAAGUCUUAUCUCAUCACACACCAGAGGACACACUCAGGGGAGAAGUCACGUGUGUAUAUGGACUGUGGGUGAAGCUUUAGCCACAGGGUAACUCAUCACACACUUGACAUUCAGGAGAGCAGCCACAUGUGUACAUGAACUGUGGGUGAGGCUUUAAACACAGGUUAACUCAUAACAUGGGGACACACUCAGAAGAGCUGUAUGUGUGUAAGUAGUAUUCACAAGGAUGUAGUGAAAAGUCACAUUCAUCACACCCCUGAGGAUACAUGCAGGGAACAAGCCAUAUGUGUGUAAGUAGUGUACGUGAGUGUUUAAUCAAAAGUUACAUCAUCAGACCAGAAGACACUCAGGAGGGAGCUGCAUGUGUGUAAUGAAUAUGGGCAAGGUUUUAGUAGAAAGUCAGUUCUGCAUCAGAGGGCACACGGGAGAAGUCACAUCUGUAUAAGGAGUUUGGGCAAAGCUUGAAGUUUAGCUGUAAGCAAAGGCUCAUUAAGCAUCAGCUGACUCUCCAGAGAAGCUCUUGUGUGUGCAGUGUAGUCAAGGCUUUUGAUUGACUAACUCCUCAUAUAACAUAAGAUAUAGACUAAAAUUUUUGUGUGUAGGGAAAAUAAGAAUUUGAGACAAAGGAAAACUUCACUGUGGACCAGAGACGACGACUGUGUUUCAGAGAAGCAUAGGGCAGGAAGAAUGAAGUGCUGCAGCAAUGAUCGGAACCUCCUGUUGCACCAGGAGACUCAGGGAGGAUGACUGAGAAGGUAGUGUGUAAGAAGGAAACUUGAUUCCAGUGACCUUUCUUGGGUGACUUAGGAAGACAAAAUGUUACCUCCACAAAUCACCACUCCUCCCAUUUCUGAGGCAGUUUCAGAAGAAGUCUCCUGCUCUUUAUGAGGGGAAGGUGUCCGUAGUAACUAACUAGACUUGUUUUACAUUUUGUAACUAAAUGGAAUAGAAAAGAAUUGUAGUUUCAUAUAAGUUCUACAAGUGCUUGAUUGCCCUUUUGUUUUAAAUUUUUUUCUUAAUAAACCACGAGUUACUCUUUUGUCUUAAAGGGUAAGUGGAAAUCAAAUUCACAGUUUCUUGAGUAAGUUCAGCCCUUUCGGGGAAAAAAAAAAAGACUGUGUAAUAGAUUUUGAGUCAGGCAAUGCAAGGGCUCCUACUCUGUUCCUCUUAAGGAGUUCUUUGCAUUUCCUAGUCUCUUCCCUCACCAUAUGAAGUUUGUAAUUGGUUAUUCCAUUUCUUAAAGAACGAAGUUGGAAUUUGGCUCAGAAUUAUGUUUUAUUUAUAGAUUGCUUUUGGUAGUAUUCACAUUUGACAGUAUUAAGCCUUCCUAUCCGUGAACAAU